AUGGUAUCUAAAUUGCAAGUCAUUCUCGUUGAUAUGCAGUUCUCACUCGGUAGGUUCUAAUUUGGAAAGUUGUAGGUAGAGAUAGUAGUUAGUGAUGUGGUAGAUAUUUGGCACUAUGCAAAUAGCCCACGCUCAAUAUAUAUUUUUUAAAUUCUAACAUGACUCCAAGUCUUUCUGCUCAUUUUUUCUUUGUUUGGUUUGUUUUUUUUUUUUUCUCUGCUCAAGUCUCUUCUGGGAAUCGCGAGACAACGGAGUAGUGAAAAAUUUGCAAUUUAGUGCCUAAAGCAUCGGAGUCAUUUAGAAUUUUAAUGUAUCGGACGUUGGCUUUGUAAUUUGCGUUACUUUUGAAGAGAACUGACACCACUUUUAACAUUUUGUCUAGUCACCUCGCACCACGGUUUCUUCUGGUAUAUUUGCUGGAUAUUUCAGUAAAAAACGACCACCUCAAGUUCUCUAUCAUGCAACGUAUCCGAAAACUAACCUACCAAGACAUAUUUAACAAUUAUUCUUUGAAAUCGAGGUGAAUAGUGGCUAAAUAUUCCCAAAGCCACUAUUCACCGAGAUUGAAAAGAAUAAUUGUUUUAGUACAUACACACGAAGUGAUCUCAACAAAAUCAGAGAGGAAACCAUUAAAAAGUACGAUUUGAUUGACAGAUCAAAUCACACGUAAGUUAAAAAAUAGAUCUUUGCAGAAUUUUCAAACAUGGCAAUUCACAAGUUUAUCAUUUCGCAAACAACAGCGUAAUGGCUUAAAUGGAACGCUAAAAGUUUGAACUGUUUCCUUACCUGAGAAGAAAAGUAGAGCUUUGUUGUUUUCCGUUGACUCGCCAAGUUGAUAGCCUAAACGGUUUGUUGUGCCGUUCUUCGCAUGAAGUGCUGACAAAAAUGCCGGCUCGGUUGGUCGAGGUAAGACGUCGUCUUCCUGUAUCAUUCUUUUUCCUGUUUACUUGAAACGUAGAAUUUCUGCAAACAUUUCCUUUUAAAUUUGUUUGUCAAAAAUAAACUUCGAUUUUUGAGCCAAAAUUUUCUUGUUAGAAAACGCUGAGUUCACGAAACGGCUUCUUCUUCUCGAAUACACGGGAGUUGUAAAGAAUCCAUCGAGCACAAAAACUCAGCUACAGUAAAUUGAAAAAUGCCCUACUGAAUCCUUCCAAGUCUUUUCUUGCCUUAAAAAAAGUCAGCCCUAGGAUUUUGUCGACUUUUAAAAGAUCGUUCUCUAAAAAAAUGGGAAAAACACCGAGCUCACACAUUAUCCACUCGCUAGGAGGUUGAAUAGUUCAAGAUAGCGAACCAAUCAGAUUGCUUAAAUCACCAAGAUCACUGAGUGUGUAUAUACCAAUAUGACAUAUUACGUUGUCUCGCGAUAAAAAUGCAAAUACAGUUCUUAGUGAAAUGACAAUAACUCUCAUAAUAACAACUCUAGGAAACAUCUUACAUUUUCCCUUAUUUUUUAUAUCGAACAAGUGAAUUCAAUGUUAUUUUCAAAAGCACCCAGUCUUAAUCAGAUGGAAGAAUUCGCUUCCUUUUAUAGGAAUCUCUGACAUGCUGGUUAGUUGGAUAGUGCAGAGCUAUAGUGCAUUGGUCAGAGCACUCGCCUCAUACCAAUCCAGCCCGAGUCCCGGCAUCAACGAGUUUCUCGUUGUUUCCGUAGCAGGAUAAGCUCAGUCGGUAAAGUUCUUGACUGCAGAGCGAUAGGUCGUUGGUUCGAUUCCCGGGGAAGGACUGAGAAAUGAAAAAGGUACUCCGGAUCCCUUUGCACUGCAAGCGGUUAGACCUUCGCGUGGCUCGGAUGAUCACGUAAAAUAGCGGUCCCGUUUCCAGUUGGAGACGUAAAAUAGUGUCGCCAAUUAGUACUUUCGUGCUAAAUACAUGGUACCAACUGAUGUCACGUUAAAGAAUCGGUUUUCUCGUUUUUUGCUUCUCUUUCGUAAUAACGAAUUCCAAGAAUCUGAGAUCAGGAAUCUAAUUUUGGAUUCUCUCAAAUGAUGAUGACAAGACUUUUUUACAUGCAAAACUUUGAACUGUUUGACAUUGUUUCUUUUGUUUCAGCAUGGGAGAUUCCAGAUGAUGGAGUUACUCCAGAAAACAAAGUCACUUGCGAAAAUGAUCGUCUUAAAAUAAACUGUGGAAACUCCAGCAUGGGACUGGUCAUAUACUCUGCACAGUUUGGGCGAACUGAACCGGGUCAUGUGAUUUGUCCGUACAGUGGGGAUAAGAAUGAUCAGAACUUUAACUGUGGCGAGAAAGACGUCACUGAGGUGCUUAAAGGCAUGUGUGCAAAGAAAAGCAAGUGUAAAGUUAGAGUCAAAAGUGUUUUGUUUGGGGAUCCUUGUCCGUAUACCGCGCACCCUUAUCUUAACUUGGUGUAUGCCUGUGGUAAGUGUGUGUGAGUUGAGUCAGUUUAUUAUGACAAAUGGGUCUAAUCUCCACCAUUAGGAAAGCGUUUUUGCCCCGAGGGGUAAUCAAUAAAGUUUUAGACGAGGAGGCUUCCUCCCGAGAUCCAACUCCUUACCCUUUUAUAUACCAAUUUUGACAAACGGUACACCUUUAACAUACCUAGUUAAUAACUUUGCAUUCCUUUUAACUGCUGUAAAUUCACCGUCUUUGAAAUAAGAAUAUACCAACACACCAGAACUUGUCCUCGACUUUUUCAAAGCCAUAAAAUGCAUCUGUAAAACAUUUUAAGCCUUUUUACAGACCGAAAUGACAGAUUUAUCUUCCCUUUCACAUACCACUAUAUACCUAUUUACAGCAGUUAUUAAGCAGUUAAUGCACCGUCUUUAAAAUAAAAUGGAGGUGAUAAUAUUUUCCUUCUAUAUUUUCGCUAAUUAGCCUUCUUCACCUCGAUUUCACCUGCAGAAUUCUAGAGAAAUUUAACCUUGAAAUGAUGCACCGUGCGCAGAUAAAAGAAUAACAAAAUUUGGGGCCUUUUUGGAGUAAGGUGUACGAGUUCCUGUCAAAUACCUUCUUUGGGUUAUCGUACAAGUUCAGAAGUAGGUUUUAAGCACAGUUUUUUUCGCAGGACCAAGAAACGAAAUGUACGUGAAUUUCCUUUGAAUUCCAAGUUUCACAUUGUUCAGAAUUAAGAACAUAAUUAUAAGAGCAACUUCUUGAAAGGUUUGCCGGACGAUUUUACUUGCCUCGGAGUCAAAUCUAAGUGGUUUUUGGAGUUUCUGUUAGUUUUUCCUUGUCACAUUUUCAGUGCUGAUGGCUCUUUCAUAUUCAAGGCACAUUUUCAGGCCGAUCUCUUUUCCGUCUCUUUUCCCUUGAAGUUCAUAAUCUUAAUCUUUCAUAUUUCGUAUCGUCAAUAUCUUUAUCUGUGUGAUUAAGCAAAUAUAAGGAAAUAAUUCCACGCAUUUGAUAUUUCACAAUCCAUAAACCUCAGAAAGAAGGGAUACAAGCUUUCGGCGCAACAAUUUAUGGGAUCGUUAGGGUUAUUAGUUAUUGGUGUUACUGGUUGUUUUUGUAUGCCAUUGACCAAUCAAAACUGAUGCUUGUUUACCCAAACAACACCAGAAAAUGUGGCGCCGAGGGCUUAUACAAAUACAAAAAAUGUAUUUCUUUUUUUUAUUAUUUAUCCUUCUUCAAGAAUUGCAGAAAAGAAAAAAACCCUCUUUGUACACGUCAUCAAGUACUAUUAUCAUGGCAAAGAGCACUCCGAUAAGCACAUUAACAACGAACACGUUACCAUCAACAACCUCAAUUGCAAGCUUCUCAUCGAUAAUGAUUACCUCAACUGUCAACAUCGUGGCUACCCGAAGCACCCUACUAUCGUCUCGAGAACAUGUUACAGUUCACACCACCACUACUGAACCAAACGAUUCAAGAGUCAAGGCGGUAAAUACUCUUCAGGUGGAACAAGUUGUUUCUACAGCAAAAUCCGAGGUUGGAUCUCUCGGCAUUUCUGGCACACUUUUUGUGUGGUUUUUGUUCUUGCAAGGUAUAAAUACCUCAUUACCUUAGUUAUCUACCCAGCAGAAGCAAAUGCAUGUACGGUUCAAGGUGAUCCUCGGGUUAUACUGAAUGAUUUCAACCAAUGUCAUUAAGUUUGCGUAUCAAUUUACCUUUCUUAACAACUAUUCAAUGGAAUUGUCUUAAUUUUAUGUCCAGGACUCCAUCCAUCCAUCCAUCCAUCCAUCGUGCAAGCAUGCAUACAUGCAUCUAUUUCAUGUCCAUGCAUCCAUGCAUCGAUGCAUUGAUGUAUCCAUCCCAUACAUACAUCCAUGCAUCCACGCAUAUAUCCACUCGUGCACCCUUCCAUUUAUCCAUCCAUCCAUCCAUCAAUCCAUCCAUCCACCCUGCAUCCAUCCAUUUAUUCACUCAAAAGAAAAAUUACAUCCAGUGCGCUUUAAGUUCUUUAGUUCUAUUUAAUCUUUUGGAUGGUAACUUACGGACCCAAAAAGUUAUUUCAGCCCAUUGUAGCGAAAUGUGUGACUCAAAUUUCAGUAGAAGAGACCUAUCAAAUAUUUAUGUCAGGCCAUUCUGGAACUCAUUCCAGCCGUUUGGUCUAAGUAAGCCCAAGUAAAUUGGACUGUAAUGGUCCUAAGUUCUAAUUCAAAUUAGAGCGUAACGAGGAACUGUAUCUGAUUCACGGACACGACACCAAAACCACAGUUUGGAUAAUUGUUUGGAAUUGACCGUGUAGUGGCAUUUUUUUUCGUAGAUCACUCUUCGGAUUGUAUCACCGUAUUUUUUGCCACAGUUGCUGGCGCCCUCAGUUUGGCUCUGAUUGUUGGUGUUUUUGUGUAUUAUCGACAACACGAGAAUAAGCAUCAGCUAAAUGUCAAGGAGGAACCAAAACUGAGCGGAUAUGGGACAAACGAAUCAAAGACUUUAGAGGAAGCAACCAAUUCCUUUCUUCUUGGGCCCAUUAAGACCCCACCUCCUCCUGAAUACGUUUUGGAAGGUUACAACUGGGAUCCUGAAAGCACAGCGUCUCAUAAGAGUGUUCGCAAUGGAUCGGUCAGUAGGCACUACAAUGUCAAAGAUGUCGGCUCCAAAAAUGUUGGUCCAAGGGAAGUUAAUGGGCACAACCGGUUAGUUUACACACGUCUUUGGAUGAAAUAUGUUUACUGUUGCAAUUAAAGCCUGUUAAUUCACGAUUCAGGAAAGGUGACAGAGCAGUGAUGUGCAUUUAUGUGCAUUUCUCGGCCAAUUGAUUGGUUCGUACUGUUCUGACAACGUAAUGAGAUUGAUAGACUUGUUAUGGCAAACCCCUCUGAAAAACCAGUCCGAGUAGGAUUGAGGGCAAGUUGCUUUAGACCUAUUUUGUGUUGUUUGGAAGUAAGAGACCUGAAAAAUAAAAAUUCGCAGGAAAACAAUUCAUGCCAAAAAACAAAACAUGUUUGAUUGAUAUGACUGACGUCUGAAAGUUAAAAUACCUACAAACGUUUCAUUGUAUAGAAAUAAAGCUUUUGGGUAUUUUUUUUUUUAAUUUUAAGAAGUGCACAAUAUUUUAAAAUCUAGUAACCCAGUUUACGAUAAGGAAGAACAAUUGCUCUCAUCUCAAUUUUCGAAAGCUGUAAAAAUCACGAGUCCGCGGAGUUUCAUUUUAGGGAUCUCUGUGCAUGUGAAAAAUUUACAGAAAGAAGCUUUCCAAAACAACGUUCAUCGCAGCUAUUCUGAUUGUAUGGUAGUGCGCAACUUCAAUUUAUUUUGCUACUAGAGAGCACAAUAAGUCCAUUCCGAGGACGUAUUACCCGCCAUUUUUAAGACGAUCACCGGCCAGUCUGAGUAUCCUCAUGCUAGAAUAGUUCCAAACAGCUCCCGCAAAAUCGGUUUGAGGACAUGAGGGUGGCCCGCCUUCCAUUCAAGUAAUCCCAUUCACGAUCCCAUUCGCAGCAAAUUUACACCACGCAUUUUUAUUUUGCAUUACAUGUAAUUGCACUUUUAAUUUAUCAUUUUGCCUCAUUUUUUCCAGCUACUGCAAUGUGAAAAAUGGAUACACGAUGUGACACCUUACAAUUCACCGUGGAAUCCUUAUAGCCACAUUCACCUCAACAACGCACAUUCAGUUCACAUUUAAAACCAUUUAAAGAUCGUAAAAUGUCAUCGCUAUGUGCAAACCAUCAAGUAUCUUUCAAGAUGAAUACGUGAAGGUCCGAAAGUUUUAAGUGAUCACCCCCUGAGGUUACCCGAGGGAUGAAGGCGUCUUAAAAAAAGCUUUAGUGAAUUAGUGAAUGAAUUCAAUUAUGAUCAAUUGACGACUGCCUUACAGCAUAAAAUUGUAGGGUACUGUAUAAUUUUUUACGCAAAAAAGAAAGACCCAGUGUGCCCUUGAUCAAGAUAAUAUGGGCGCAAUGUCACUCCCAUUUUUGCCCGACAGUCUGAAGAACAUAAGUUUCCAAUAACCAAACGUCUCACAAUAUUAAAUAACAUUCACAAAAUCUCGACAGGGCGGUGGUUCAGGAGGUUUAUGAUAGUUUGUGAGCGAGUCUUGUUUUAAAUGCUAAUAUCCUGGGCUUGCUUGCUAAAAGUAGGGCUGUUGUUAAAUUAAAAUUAGAAACCAUUUUCAAAGGAAUAACUCUAAAUUCUGUCUGCAAACAUAACUUAAAAGCGACAGACGAUAAAUAGUCAUAAACCCAGUUUUCCUACAACCUGGACCAGAAACCAAAGCUGCCCUUGGAACCGACCAUUAUGUAAUAAGAUACAAGUUUUUUCCUUCUUUUUCUUCAGACUGUCGUUAGAAGCCUCUGAUUAUUAUCCAAGUUUCGAUGCAACUAUUGUUCGAGUUCAAAGACCAGAUGGUACCAUUGUAUCUUUUAAGCCAUACUGUAACACUAACGAAUCCCCUAGGAAAGGAGGAGGAGGGAGGAACGUCGAUGCGGAAGAAUAUUGGAAAGCAAAAAAGAUAAAGGAGAAAGAAUCUAAUGAAGCGUUCCUUUAUUAAAAUUGUCAGUUACCUUUCCUCGUUUAAAGGUAUCGGUCAUAUUAACAGAAAUGAUACCGUAAAAUCCCAGAUAUAAGCCACUCGAUUAUAAGCCCAUACAGGAGCCGAUUAGUAGUUAGUAUUGGUAAUCGGCUCCUGGUACAUAUAUUUGUAAACAACCAUUUUAUUCCAUUUUUUACCCUCCCCGGGUACAGUAUCAUUUAUUUAUUGCCAAAAAAACCCUGCUUAUUACGGUUAUAAGCCUAUCCAGGUACAAGCCC